UUAGCAGCUAGCUAAUAUAGCUUCUGUGUGAGCAUCUGGGAUGUGGGUCACUUUUGGCGGCGCCCUGCAGAAACGAAAAGCGUAGUUUAACGUGGAGCGUGUAUUAUUUACAAUAGACAGAUUUGCCUGUGUGGACCGUAGUAACUAGACGGGCAGGAGCAUUUAGUGAUGAUGACCAGGCCUCUCUCUCUCUCUGGACAUAGCAUUGUGGCUACUGGCGCUAAUGCUAACUUAGCUAGUUAGCCUACCAAGCUGGGCUGUGUUAGUUGUGGCUGGAUCGACUAGCUAGCAAUAAGUAUAUCAACACUAGCUACGAUGUGUUAGCUAGAAGCUAGACUCGCGUUGUUAAGAUCACUAAACAGCAGCGUCGCUAAAUUAACGUAACCUACGUUAGACUUGGUGUGAACAUUCAUUUUGGAAGCAGCUGCUCAGUCUGGCUAACGAUAGCUAAUUUAACAUGCAGUGGUAGUUCAGCAGCGUUUCUCACCCACUGCUGCCGCGCACCAGCAGACUAACGCUCUCCAACAGUAGCCGGGCAUUGUGCGGUAUGUAGCUAUGGUAUGCUAACCCUCCAACAGGAAAGUUUGAUACUGGUCAUAACGUUACAGGCAACGUUUGCGCUGGCCAGCUCUGACUGACCAUGUAGCUGUGAUAUGCAGAAUUGUGGAGAUAACGUUGUUAUGGUUGAUAGCAAGCGUUAAGUUGCGUUGAGUGAGGUUAUACAGACAGCAGGGCCUUGCUGCUUGCUGUGGGUUAACUCAUUGCGUUAGCUAACUGACUUUGUCUCACGUCAGCCCUGAUUGAUGAGGAUUUUUCACGACAUGUAAAGUUAGCAAAGUUUGGAGAGCAACAAUGUAACACCCCUGAGCUGGUUAGCCAUUUUUAGUUCGUGAAUCGGUGUCAGGCAGGGUUAGCUAGCAAAAUGAACAAUUCAGGAGUCUUUCCACAAGAAAAGAUGGAGCUGGAUCUAGAAAUCCCAUCCUCGUUAGUUCAGACCGAUGGACACUUGAGAAGAUCCAACAGUGCACCCAUGAUAAAUGGCUUAAGUGAUAACUCCCAAGUGUUCCAGAGAGAGGUCCUGCGUAGCCGGAGAAAUAGCACUACAGUUGUCAACAGGCCCAACAUGGUCCCUUCGUCACCCAUUCGCGUCCCCAGCACCAGACUUCAUCAGAUAAAACAAGAAGAGGGCAUAGACGUGAUGAACAGAGAGACUGCUCAUGAGCGGGAAGUUCAAGCCGCCAUGCAGAUGAGCCAGUCAUGGGAAGAAAGCCUUAGUCUGAGCGACAAUGAUGAGAAGUCGGCAUCUUCGUCUCCAAAGCGCAUCGACUUCGUGCCUGUGUCGCCUGCCCCGUCCCCAACAAGGGGCAUAGGGAAAAAGCAGUGUUUCUCUCCUUCACUACAAAUCCUUGUGAGCAGCAACGGCCUGACACCCAGCCCAAUACCCAGCCCAACGCGACGCUUCAGCCGACGGAGUCAAAGCCCAAUCAACUGCAUCAGAGCCAGCAUACUUGGGCCAAUGAAACGUAAAGGUGAGAUGGAGACAGAGAGUCAGCCUAAGAGGCUCUUCCAGGGAACCACCACCAUGCUGUCCUCUGAUGUCUCCAACCUGUCAGAUCUCAGUUCCUGCCACUCUCCAGAUUUGCUGGAUGGCAGCCUGAGCAGCGUCUGCUCCUCCACCGACUCACCGGGCAAAAUGGAGGGAGUGUCGCCCUCCUCGUCCAGCAACUCGCCCUUCGCUUCCCUCCAGGAUUUGUCCCCAAAGUGAGCAUGAGAUGAGAGACACUAUAAAAAGGACUGGCUCCAAAAAGCCUCUCUCCGGGGAACAAGUUUCCUUCUCAGACCCUACAUCUCGCCAACGCCUAGAUUUGAUUUUAAGUGGAAUUUUCCGUGUUUGUUUCGGCUGUUCUUAUAGCUACAUUUUGGAGGGUCUAGAUAUUUUUGAUUUAAGGAAAUGAAAGCCAAGGUGUGUGUGUGUGAGUGUGUGUGAGAGAGAGAGAGAGAGAGGUGUAAGCCUACUGAAACUAAGAAUGACAGAAGAUACUGAGCACCAGCUGCUAGUAGAGGAUCUUUGAUGGUGCUCGGCUUCAUAGUAAUGUUGCGUUCAUAAGUGGCCAUGCUUCAAACCUGUCGUACCAGUUCCCCUCACUGGAGAGAGACAUUGAGCACUGGACAAAAAAAGACUAUUUGGAUGUGUGCUUUUCCCUGUUUUUGUGCUGGAAAACCUCUGUCCACAGGCCUUUGUAUGUACGCAGUCAGCAGAUUUUGUAAGAGAAGAUUUAACUUAUUGUUUUCCUGCUUUGUUUGUAAUUAUGUACAUAUUAACCGUGUCAGGUGCCGUACAUAGUGUUUUUUUGUUUUUUUUUAGUUUGUGGUUGGCUGUGAGGUGAAUGUGGGCACAGGUCUUCAGCAGCAAAACUGUUCUUUGUAAAGGAACAAACUACUUCUGGGUUACACCUACGGAGAUUUCCAUACUGUAAGAUGUUAUGUUUUCAGCAGAUCUAAAUAGUUUUUUAUGAUAGAGGCUGUGAACUGUGGUGCAUUUUUCUUUUUUGGUUUUUUUUAUAAGUCCCCUUCCCCAGUACCUGCUGCAGCUUUAAUAGCCUACAAGCAAUUUAUGCACCUAGCAGUUAAUUGCGGAUGAAACAUGAUGAUGAUCACUGUUGGGCUUUCAACACUAAAGGUUGCUCUGUAUCCUGUGUUUUUGUCAGGCUGUUUUUGCAGAUAAGCGAAGUAUAGAAAUGAUUCAGUUUUUGUUUUUCUUCUGGGGAAAUCUUAUUUAUGAAAGAAAAUGUUUAUUAUAAAAAGUGGAUGGUGAUUCUGUCCCCAGUAACGAGGACCCAUUUGUGUUGAUGUUCACACCAAAUGAAUAGAGUGCUGGAACGUGCAACAAAUAACAAAAUUGCACCGUCACAUUGUGGGUAGAGACUGUUGUUCUGCUUACAUUUAUUAAAAGCUUUUUGCACAGGAUACUAAAUCCUGUAAUGUUUCAACCUGUGUGUAAGCAGGGAAGAAGUAAAA